GUGAAAUAAUCGCAGAUUAGCUGAUUAAUCGUAAUAAUAAUCGCUAGAUUAAUCGAUUAUCAAAAUAAUCAUUUGUUGCAGCCCUACUCAACAUAUAUACAAAGUAAUUUCUAAAUUUGAUUUGCCGUGGUAUACAUUGAUAAAAUGAGUGUAUUAGAGUAAAUGUAAUGUUUCUAGUGUUUUUUGUGUGGGUCAGUGGCAUAUAGCACUGUCUGAGGGUCUUGUGGUUCAGUUUUUGUUGUCCUCUCUGUAGACAUUCGAGAGUACUUUUAGAUACUGUGGUUUGUUUUAUUCUUACAGACCGUUGUGAGUGUGCUUGCCCCCCUCUUAAAUAACUCCCAGCAAUUACCAUUGUUAUUCUGCAAAUGGUACAGACCACAGACUUGGCUUCCAUGUGCCUCUGGCUAGUGAAAAAGAGUGGCAUUCCAGACCAAAAAAAGCAAGCCGAAUAAAAUUUUGCCCCCAAUCUUUCGCCUAUUUUUAUUUCCAUAUUUGGAAAUGUUUACCUCCUCAUGACUCCACAGUGUAGCAGGAAGAAGCACUAUGAGCCAUUUUAACAGCAUAAGGGCCUGGCUGUGGGUCCUCCUCACUGAGGGCUUCUCUAGUCCAUAGACACACGGGAUGCUGUUUGUGAUCAUCUGUUGAUUGGUUUUUGCUCCUGAAAAAGAAUCAGAUUUCUUGACUCUAGAAAGAUGUGGGGUGGCCAUAAUGAUGGUGACCAGCAAGGUCAUGUGAGUGCACGAAUGGAGACCAGCUUACCCAUGGGUACCACCAGUAUUUCUGUAUCCCAGCAACAGGCUCCUACGAAGUUUGCUCCUGUUGUGGCUCCCAAGCCCAAGUUCAACCCCUAUAAACAACCCGGGGAUGCAACACACGAGGGAGCUGGAGACUAUCCCCCACCACCUCCACCUGUCGUUGACACCAGCGGGCUCCCAUCUUCAUCCAGCUUCCCACCACCUCCACCAAUGGAUGAGGCCUCCCUUGGCUUUCAGAUAAAAGGACCCGCGAAAACUCUAGAAGAGAGACGUUCUAGUCUAGAUGCUGAGAUCGACUCCUUGACCAGCAUCCUGGCUGACCUAGAGAACAGCUCACCAUACAAACCGCGCACACCCCAGAAUUCUGCUAGCCCAGCUGCGACAGGCUCCAAUGCCCCUGUUACAGGCUAUCGGCGCAUGGUCAUCCCAACUCAACCCCCUCUAACCGCCACCAAGAAAUCCACCCCAAAACCACAGGCCUCUCCGUCCGCCCCUCCUCCGGCUUCAUCUUCGCCACGACCCCAAUACCAGCCCGCUCCCCAGCCUGUCCCUGCAUCCUACACCACUGCCUCUACUCCGAGCCAGCCAACCUUCAAUGUUCAGGUCAGAGCCACCCAGCCUGGCCCCCAGCAGCAGCCGGUCCGUGGUCCAGCGCAGGUACAGUACAUGCCGGCUCAACCCAGAGGCCCUGAUUUUGCAUACGGGCCCCCGCAGCCGGGAUUCUGCCCUGCUCCAUCUGGAGGCUACCAGGACCAGCACUACGGUGGAGCUCCUGCUUAUGGAGGUCAGAACACAUGGAGAGCAGAGCCAAGUCACCAUGCCGCUCCUCCACCCAACCAAGGGUACCAGCCCGCUCCCCCGAAAAAAACCUACAUCACUGAUCCACCUGCCAGCCUAGCACCCUUCGGCGGUGGGCCUGCUGCUCCUCAUAAGGGUCGCCCUGAGGAGGAACUGGACCGUCUGACAAAGAAGAUGCUGUAUGACAUGGACAACCCCCCCUCUGAGGAGUAUUUUGGUCGCUGUGCAAGCUGUGGGGAGAAUGUGGUCGGUGAGGGGAUGGGUUGUACUGCCAUGGACCAGGUCUUCCAUGUGGGCUGCUUCAUCUGCAUGACCUGUGGCUCUAAGCUCAGAGGGAAGCCCUUUUAUGCUGUGGAGAAGAAGGCCUACUGCGAACCCUGCUAUAUCAACACCCUGGAGACUUGCAACAUAUGUAGUAAGCCCAUAAUGGAGCGUAUCCUGCGGGCGACUGGGAAGGCCUAUCAUCCCCAGUGCUUCACCUGUGUGGUCUGCCAUCGGAGUCUGGACGGCAUUCCCUUUACUGUGGAUGCCUCCAACCACAUCCACUGCAUCGAAGACUUCCACAAGAAAUUUGCUCCUCGUUGCUCUGUGUGUAACGAGCCCAUAAUGCCAGCUCCUGGCCAGGAGGAGACUGUGCGUAUUGUGGCUUUAGACCGUGACUUCCAUGUGCAGUGUUAUCGCUGUGAGGAUUGUGGCUGUCUUCUCUCUGAGGGAGACAACCAGGGUUGCUACCCUCUGGAUGGCCAUGUUCUCUGCAAAAACUGCAACACCAGUCGCAUCCAGGCCCUCACUGCCAAGGCCACGACUGACCUCUGAGUAACACACAUAUCUACAUGCAGGUCCCUGAGAAAUCCUGAGAAACACCAUAUCCUGUCACAUCACUGCACACAAAUAUUUAUGCUCAGACAAAUGCACAUGUACACAUAAAGCUGUCAUUCCACUUAAGAGGCCAUGACUUGUCGCUCAUUCACCUCCACACACUGUGCCUUGUAUUAAAAUUGCACUCAGAUAUGAAUUCACCAGGGCCCGCUACAGCUGCUUGUAAACACCUAAACAAAGUAGACCUUAACAUAUAGAGAAAGACUAUUAGAUUCUAACUGAUGUUCACAGAGCUGUUCAUUUGAGAAGUGGGACGUUAAGAAAACCCUCAUAGAACAUCAUAGAAUCUACCUCUAAAAAGGGACCAUGCUGUCCGAUCACUAUGCAUUCCAGUAUGUAUCCAACCUAGAGCUUUCAUUUUAUUUUUAAUCUCUGCACUGUAUUGUCACAAUCCAUCCCAGCUUUCGCACAGAGCUACUAUUUACACAUGAAGUCACACAAUUAUACAUUCUCUGCAAUGACUUUAUCAAAUAACGCAGAUACAAAAAUAAUUGGAAGUUUUCAUUACACAUCAUUCAAGCUUGUUAAACAUAUUUUUUAAUCUUCUUAUGGUGGUUGUGAAAUUGGAGGUUUUAUGAUUGCUAAGGUACAAAAGUCGGUAUAGAAAAACCUGGACCUUCAACUUGACUCGUGCAUCACACCUGCUUCAUCAGUAUGUUUUUGCAAACAUACUGUACAGGUGUAUGUUUGUGAAUGCAUAUCCUUUUCGAUUUACAUUUCUGAAUUUACCCUUUGAGAUGAAAGUUACCAAAGAGCUACAUUUACUUUCUCUGUGACAGCGUGUAUGUAUAUUAUUGUAUGCUAAUGAAAUGUAAUGGGAAGAGUAUUUUAUCCUUUAAGGACUGUGAAUGACCUUCAGUAGCUCAGAAGCCUAAAUACGUUGUGGUUCAUUCAGUGCGGUUUCCUGUUUCUUCCUCAGUUUACCACUUCAAUUCAAGUGAAUUUAGCAAGAAAUAUACUGCGCUUGGAACUUUUUUGUGGUUUGGUGUUAUUUUUUUAUUUUUUUUAAUUGCGCUCAGUUAUCUCAUUUAUUUGUAUAUCAUGAGUGUAAUGGUGAAAAGGUCUAAGGAUAAAAUGUAUGUAUUUAGAUAUGCACAGUAAAUUGUGCAAUAAUGUCACGGCAGAUUGAGAAUCGUUCGGUAUUAAAUUUAAAUUCUCAGAGGAAAAACUGUCAGAUUAGUGAUAAAAUGUGUGACAAUCAGGGCUGAAAGGAUGUUGGAAAUGUGUUUUAUUUUAUCUAAUUUGAUCUAAGACUUUAAGGGCUGAUGAGAGAGCAAUAUUUUAAGUAUCCUCAAAUUGUGAAUUUACUGUAGUAUUAGUUUCGUAAGAUAGAGAUAAGUAUUAAUAAAAAUAGGAAACCCGUUUAGGGGAAAUAAUUUUUCUUUCGUAAUUUUGUACAUGGAUGAUAUCAUUAUGCAAAUUUCUUCUUUGUUGCAUUGACACUUUACUAAGAAGGAUAUGCAGACAUUUUUUAUUCAACGAGAAAGUGUUCAAGCUGUUCUUAAAGCUACAGUUCACACAUUUUGGGAAAAUCUGAAAUUAUGUAUAUAUAUCUACAGUCAUUAUAAAUUUUGAGUUUUAGAGAGUUAACACCUCAGGAAAUUUCCAGUCAGUGUGCUGCAGUGAUGCCCCAGGGAACUUCCCUUAUGGUUGAAGGGUAAAUUCAGAUGUGAAAGUCAUGAUAUAUAUAUUUAUAUGCAAACUGGAUAUAAAUACAUGGUUACGAGCACCUCUUGAUUUAUUAUGGCAGUUUGUGGAUUUUCAGUGUGUAAAAUGAAAUGUGCUGUAGCUUUAAGCCAUGAGAGCUUCAUUAGUGCUUCAGUGCUUCAAUCUGUACCUCUCUUAACUUUUCUACAUGUGCCUUUUUCAGCUUGUGUGAAACUGAGGUGGUGGUGUUUGAACACAAACACAGCUGAGGCUGAUGUUACGUGUUUAAAUGGUCUGUUUUGUUUUUGUUACUUUUUUUUUUCUAUUCACACUACCUAGAGGCUAUGCAUGUUCGCAACUUGAACCAAUCUUUAUUUCCAGGUUUUUUAUAGAAAGACCAAAUAUUUUAAAACUUAAUAUUUCACUGUAUUAUGUCUUUAAAAGCAUUGUGUUAUUGGAAAGAGAAUUAUUGCUGUAUUACUUGGUACAUUUAAGGUGUCCUUCCUCUCUUUUGCUUUAAUGCUCAUUCCCCAAACCCAUCUCAAGUUCUUUUUAUUCAAAUUGCUUAUAGAUGUGCUUCAUCUGUUAAGCCUUUUUGCUCAUUUGAGUUGUUCAAAUUGAUUUGUUCUGUUCAAGUAUUUGAUCAGGAUGCAAUAUAAAACACUUUGUACUAAGUUUUCCCAUUUGUGAUCAUUACAAUAGCAAUAACCUGAUGAUAUGAAAUUGCGGUAUAUUUGAAUUGCCAUGUAUGGAGCACUUUGUUGGUGUUUUUUUUCCCUCUGUGAAGAAAUUAUUGCAUAAAACAACCUAAUCUGUGCCCUAUUGACAUUCUAAAUAUAAACUUGGAUUCUGUUCUUACACUCUGUUGUUUUUGACUACAUACAGCUUCCUCUAUAAUUAAUAAAUCUUUUGAAAACCUC